UCGACCUGACCGCAUGCACUGAAGAAGCUAUCAGUUCAGUUAUCCGCGUUUAUAUAAAUAUCACGUAGGGAUUAAUCUUCAUCGUUAACAUAAGCAUGAUCAUGAUACGACGAGUAUAAAUUGGUUUCACGUACCUUAAUGAAUUAAUAAUUAUUGAAGUGACACAAAAGAAUGGAGGUGCAUUGGUUUCUUGCUGUGUAUUUACUUUAUUUGGUGCACGUUUCAAGAGGAGCCGAGUGUCCAGAAAAUGAAGAAUUGGAUAACUGUAAGAGCCCCUGCGAACGCACCUGCCAAAAUCCAAAUCCACCCCCGUGCUACUUCUUCGCCUGCAAUAUCGGUUGUGUAUGUAAACUUGGUUUUAUUCGCGAUGAGGCCACACAAAAAUGUGUAAAACAACAUUUAUGUCCUGUGGAAUGCAAAAAAGACGAAAAAGAAAAUGUUCAAAACACAUGCGAGCCCACUUGCCCCUCGAUUGCUCACGCUCGACCAUUCGUCGUACAAAUCAAAAAAUGCAUCUGUAAAGACGGACUGGUGAGACACAAAAACGGAACCUGCAUUCCUUUGAAACAAUGCGACAAAUUAUGCGGGAAAAACGAGGAGUUAUCGAACUGCGCAAAUCCGGCGUGUCGAAAAACCUGCCAAAAUCGCGGCGAGACAAAAGUUUGUGCGCAAAUUUGCCAGAAGGGCUGUGUUUGUAAAGAUGGAUACAUAUGGGAUGAAGAUCGCGCAGAAUGCGUACUGGAAAGUGAAUGUCCGGAAGAAUGUGGCGAAAAUGAAGUUUUUAUGGUGUGCAGUGAUAUUUUGUGUAGAACCACGUGUAAAAAUUUUGGGAAGACUGUUAUAUGUCCUAAGAUUUGUGUACCUGGUUGCUCUUGUAAACCGGGAUUUAUUUGGGACGAAUUACAGAGGAAGUGUGUUAGAAGAAGUCAUUGCCUGAAAGGCUGUGGAGUUAAUGAGGUCUGGUCGGACUGUGUGAAUGCUUGCGCGCCAACCUGCCAAAAUCCCAUUCCAAGGAUUUGUACUUUGGAAUGUAGAAGUGGUUGUACUUGUCGUGAUGGAUAUUUGUGGGAUGAGUAUGCUCAGCGAUGUGUCAAAAGAUAUCAUUGCUCGCAAGUUUGUGAUGAAAAUCAAGAGUGGUGCGACCACGUAGCGGAUGACCUACCUACGUGCCAAAGUCUUUAUAGACCGCUGUUACCAUAUCGAUAUGCGCCACGCUUUGUACCACUGAGGCCAGGUUGCACCUGUACAUCCGGAUACAUAAUGGACGAAAAAACACGCAAAUGUAUUUCUUUGGAUGACUGCCUCAACGGAAAACAUACGACAACAACUGAAAGAUAUACUUCACCUUCCAAGACUCAUCGCCCAGUGACCAAAAAAAUUAGUACCACUCAAACUGCCAUUACACACACCGAAAUGGCGCACCCAAACCAAACUGUGCACUACCCCAAAACAAAGCAUACUUCCACGUCGACAGAAAAGGCACAUCCAACCCAAACUCAAACUGCGAUCCACCCUAAUACACAACAUGAUUCCACUUCGAUUUUAGAAUCAGCCCUGACAACAAAACAUGUGCAGACACAGUAGACGAUUUUCAAUCCUUUGCAGAAAACAAGCCUGCGGAUGCUUCCAAUUAGCAUUCACAUUUAAACCAGGGUUUUCAUUUUGGAUUUAUGUUAAGAUAAGCAGUACACCUAUUGUACAUAGGAAAAUAAUGGAUCAAAGAGUCGUCAACUUUUUAAUUAAAAAUAUGUAUUGUCAUAAAGUAGCAGGAAAUUUAAUUAAAACAGAU